AUGGCAAUAUCCAUAGCCAGAACUACAGCAGUCAACUCAAGAACAAAGAAUAUUAAUGCUCGUAUGAACAUCACAUUAUUAUUAAAAUCAAGUGCGAAGUUUACUCGAGCAAGAACUCUUUCUACUGAAUCGAGGAGAUUAAUAUCGAUGAAAAGCCUCGAUUUUGAAACAAUCAUAAUUACAAGAUUAAAUGGAAAGAAUAUAACAACGACAACAACUGUUUGGCAUACUAACAGUGAUCUAACAACGUCUCUAUCAUUACAAUCAAAUGUUUCUAUUCUAUAUUUGCUUGUUGCUUGCUCGAUUUUUAUGAUAUGUGUAAUAUUUGCUUCUAUAUGCAGAUGUUUUCGACACAAUAAUAAUACCAGUGAGUAUGAUAUUACUAAUCAACAUCAAAGUCCUAUGUACAACAUGCUUAAUGCUGACAAAUACAGCGUAACAGACAAAGAAUCUGAAUCUUCUGCAGCUGCUUGCAUGGGCCAAUAUCUUUACAAUCACCAUUAG